CCUAUAACUAAACCCAAACGCAGGCACACACACACAAAUCUCUUCUCUCCCCUUACAUUGCAGCUGUUGCAUCCUGCCGUUUUCUUUAUCUUGUGAUCGCCGGUGAUCAAGAGGAAGACUGAAAGUUUGAUAUCCUCAUCUGUGUUCUUCAACAUACUAAGGUUUGGUUCUUUGCCUUUGCACUCUGUUCGAUUUAGCGUUUCUUUAUCGUCAUCAACCUUUUAUGGAUCACCGAGAAGCUUUGGUCGUCGAGGAAUGUGUUGCGAUGACGAUUAAAUCUGGUUUAUUUGCUUGUCCAUGGUGGAAAUUUAGUGUUGCAUUCUUAGAUUUCUUCUAUUUUGUUUGCUUUUGCUGGACGAUUGGCGAUUGGAUUUCCAGAUUCUCUCUUGUAAAUAGUUACGAAUGGCAGUUGACGGGGUGUGGAUACAAGAGAUAUGAGGAUUUCGUUGUCCCAUAUGUGAGGAUAUUUUAUGGGUUUAGUUUUUUAUCUGGCUGGGUUCCUCUUUACCUUUUUUAUUAGCGUUCGUUUUAGAGAUUCAGCACAGUUGAGGAUCUGGAAAUCUAAGUUUAUCGGCUUUAUACUGUGAUCCUUGGCUACGCUUUCUGUGGCUCCGAUCAGGGUGUUAGUUUUGAUCGCGUGUGUCGGGUCAGAGAAAACUGAAUGGCCAGGGACAGUAGAUAUUGAUUGAUGUAGCAUCUGUAUGGUUCAGUUGGUUCAUUCUGUUAUCGUGUUUUGUACUUCUAGCAUGGUAGCUGAGAUUUCAACCAUUCAUACACGACAUGGAGGAGGAUCUGUUCGCAGCAACGUUGUUUGUCACUUCUGGAUGCUGGGAAAGUGUAAUAGAAAUCCGUGUAGAUUCAUGCACAGAGAAUUGCCACAUCCUAAUGUUUACCAGAGAACCUCUAAGCAAUCCAAUGUUUUAGCGGACAUACAAUCAUUGAAGAGCUCCAAUCAAGUUAUAACGUACCGGCCUAGUAAACGCCCCAAUGUUAGGAAUUCUUUGGCUUCAGCUACUGAAGAUGGUGGGUCUGAGUAUAAAUAUACUCGAGAGAGCUUCAGUUCGGGCACCGAUAUUGAGGCGGAUAAUGUGAAGAAGAUAAGAGAAUCCAGCAAGUGCUCUAAUACAUCAGAUCUGACUGCUGAAGGUGAUGCUUCUGAAGAUAAAAAUGUUAAAAAGAGCUCAAGAAAGGCAUGUGAAGACUGGAUGUCAAACGAUUGUGUUAAAGGUGAUGGGUGCCAGUUCUUGCAUUCAUGGUUCGUUGGGGACUGGUUUUCACUGUUGACAAAGCUCGACGGGCACACAGAGGCUGUCUCCGGGGUAGCACUUCCUUCAGGAUCUGACAAGCUUUACUCAGGCAGCAGUGAUGGAACAGUACGUGUGUGGGAUUGCCAUACUGGUCAACUCACAAGGGUGUUAAGUUUUGGUGAUGAAAUCGGGUCUUUAAUCAGUGAAGGCCCAUGGAUAUUUGUAGGUUUGCGAAAUGCUGUUAAGGCGUGGAACAUUGUGACAGCUGCUGAAUAUAAUCUUAAUGGACCAGUUGGGCAAGUUUAUGCUAUGGCUGUUGCUUUUGAUGUUCUUUUUGCUGGGACACAGGACGGUGUCAUUUUGGCAUGGAAGGGGAAUAAUGAGAACCCAAAUCUUUUUGAACCGGCCACAUCUUUGAAAGGCCAUACUGGUGCUGUGAUAUGCUUAACUGUUGGCAAGAAGAGGCUCUACUCUGGUUCCACUGACAAUACGAUUAGGGUGUGGGACGUCGAUAAUUUACGGUGUAUUCAUACGCGCAAUGGUCAUGCUGAUGCUGUCAUGUCUCUUGUCUGCUGGAAUGAAUAUUUACUAUCUUGUUCUUUAGACCGGACAAUAAAAGUCUGGGCUGCUACUGAAGAUGAGAAUAUAGAGGUGAUCUAUACACAUGAGGAGGAAUAUGGUGCAAUUGCUUUCUGCGGGAUAUAUGACAAAGAAGCCAAACCAGUUUUGCUCUGCUCUUGCAAUGACAAUUCUGUACAUCUAUACGGCCUACCAUCAUUCAACGAAAGGGGCAGGAUAUUUUCAAAAGGGGAAGUGAGAACAAUGGAGACGGGUCCUAAUGGUAUUUUCUUCACGGGUGAUGGAGCAGGAAUGCUUAACGUUUGGAAGAUAGCUGAAUCACAUGUAAUAGUUCCACAAGUAGCAUAGAGUAUGUAUAUAUGCUAAUAAUUCAACUCAAUCCCCACGUUUUUAAGUUGGGGUUCUGGAUAUAUAAAUAGAUAGAAUGUAGCUCAUUGUACACACUGAUGAAAAAUUUUCCUCACUUUUGCCAAUAAAAAUUUUAUUUCUUUUU